CGUAGCAGACGAGACUCGGAUUUCAGUGUUUGGUCCUAAAGGCAGAUCGGGCUCUAAUCAGUGACACAUCCUCAGUUUUAAAGCAGGUCGAUGGCAUCGCAAAACUGCUGACCUCGGGGAAUUCUCUGUUUGAUCGGCACUUCAUCGAAAGCGACAUAUUGGAUCGUAUAAAGGUCGAUUUGAAGAUUGAAAUAAGAUGUCGGCUCCGGAUUACACCAACCUGAACUCUCAGAGUUACAGCGCGACGCAGAACGGCGGAGCCCCUGGCACUGCAGCCGCUUACCAAAACGGACCAGGUCAGACUCACCCAGCCAUGUACGCUGCCUCGAAUUACUAUGCUGGCGUUCCUCAGCAUGGAUACCCCACCAUGCCGCCUCCAAAUGCCCCUCCUGGGAAAGCUCCACCAACAAGCACCAACUACAACACCAACUACUACCCGAACAGCCACCUUCAGGGUGGGCCAACGCCAGGCACAGCAUCUGCAUUUCAGUCUCCCCCACCAUCCCAGGUCCCUGUCAGUUCCAACCCUGCUGCCACCGUAGCCACUCAGUACCCAUCGCAUUCAUACCAGCAGCCUUACUCCGCGUCUGCGAAUUACUAUGGACAGAAUUAUAGCAAUGUUGCCCAGGGGCAGCAGAACCCUCCACCAGCAUCAAGCGGCGCUAACCUUGGGCCCCCGCUUUACCCCAUUGUGUCCUACCCAUCAGCCUCUGGAAGUAGCCAGUACGGAACGCUGCGGUCGAGCCAGGCUGCCUCAGGAGCGCCGCCUCCCCAGGGUGUUCUGCAACCUCAGCAGCAGUAUUCUCAGGGCAAGGGUGCCAUGCCCACACCACCAGGUCAUCAGGGUUACGGAGCCCCGCCCCUUCAACAACAAGCUGCCAUUAAUGGCCAAUCAAGCGCAGGCCAGCAGCACUACAAUCAACCUCCUCCACCACCUCUCGGUCCUCGUUACGGCACAGAGAGCGUAGACGGACAUCACCCGCUGUCGGGCACCCCAUCCACGUCCGCAACGUCUUCCCCAGGACGCCAGUCAGGGCUGCUGAUUGGUGGAUAUGGGGUCAAUAGAGCUGCUAGUUCAUCCACAGGGUUGCCAGGUGACCACUCCUCAUCCAGUUCGGACCACGAGGACGAGGAUGAGGAGGAUGAGGAAGCAGGUGCAGACAGCUCCUCCACCACCACAGGAAGUGCAUCUCCUGUCCCCAACAGCUAUGAGUCCCUGGAAGGAGGAAAUUACCCAGGCUCACCAGCUACAGCUGCUCCUCCUCCUGCUCCUCCAAGCGAACCUCCCAAACAAGCCCCGCCCUUUGGUUACAACUAUCCAACCAUGCAGCCGGGUUACCAACAAAGCCCUCCCCCCCGACCGGAGGCUGUCCCUCAGCAGGGAGGAGCAUAUAAUCCACCUGGAUUUCCAACAUAUUCACAGCCAUUCCCCAGUCUGAACCAGCUGUCGACAGCAUUGGGUGGACUGAGUGGCGUUCCCGAGUUGGAGAUGGAGGCACUGCGCCCUAUUAACCUGCUGCAGGAGAGAAACAUGCUGCCCCCAACACAACCCGUUCCACCUGAACCCAAGCUCAGCAGUGACCUGCGCAAAGUCAACUGCAGCCCAGAUACAUUUCGAUGCACACUGACCAGCAUUCCUCAGACUCAGGCCAUGCUGAAUAAAGCUCGUCUGCCACUUGGACUGCUGCUGCACCCUUUCAGAGAUCUGACGCAGUUGCCGGUCAUCACCUCCAACACUAUCGUCCGCUGCCGUUCGUGUCGGACAUACAUCAACCCGUUCGUGUCGUUUCUGGACCAACGCAGAUGGAAGUGCAACCUUUGCUACCGUGUAAACGAUGUUCCUGAUGAGUUCAUGUAUAAUCCAGUCACACGUUCCUAUGGCGAACCACACAAGAGGCCAGAAGUGCAGAACGCCACCGUAGAGUUCAUCGCCUCUUCAGACUACAUGCUGCGACCUCCACAACCCGCCGUGUAUCUGUUUAUCCUGGACGUGUCCCAUAAUGCCGUGGAAACGGGCUACCUGAGCGUGCUGUGUCAGUCGCUACUGGACAAUCUGGAAAAGCUGCCUGGCGAUUCUCGCACGCGCAUUGGAUUCCUGACGUUCGACAGCACCAUCCACUUCUACAACCUGCAGGAGGGGCUCUCGCAGCCGCAGAUGCUCAUCGUGUCCGACAUUGAUGAUGUGUUUACACCGACUCCCGACAAUCUGCUGGUGAACCUGAAAGAGAGCCAGGAGCUGGUGAAGGACUUGUUGAACUCGUUGCCUAAGAUGUUCAUGCACACGCGGGAGACACACAGCGCCCUGGGGCCGGCGCUGCAAGCAGCUUAUAAGCUGAUGACACCCACGGGGGGCCGCGUGUCCGUGUUUGUGACUCAGCUGCCCACCAUCGGAAUGGGACUGCUGCAGUCACGAGAGGACCCCAAUCAGAGGUCCAGCACCAAGGGCGUACAGCACCUCGGCCCUGCUACAGAUUUCUACAAAAAGCUGGCUUUGGACUGUUCGGGUCAGCAGAUCGGGGUCGACCUGUUCCUUUUGAGCUCUCAGUAUGCAGAUCUGGCUUCUUUAGCCUGCAUGUCAAAGUUUUCAGCCGGCAGCGUUUUUUACUACCCUGCGUUCCACCACGUCCACACCCCGGCUCUGAAGGCGAAGCUGCAGAAGGACCUGCAGCGCUACCUGACUCGGAAGAUUGGCUUCGAGGCUGUGAUGAGGAUCAGGUGCACCAAAGGAAUGUCCAUCCACACGUUCCACGGCAACUUCUUCGUGCGCUCCACUGAUCUGCUGUCUCUGGCUAACGUCAACCCGGACUCUGGCUUCGCCGUCCAAGUGUCUAUAGAUGAGAACUUGGCUGAUACUCCUCUAGCGUGCUUCCAGGCUGCUCUUCUCUACACGUCCAGUAAAGGCAAACGGCGAAUCAGAGUUCACACCCUGUGUCUGCCUGUGGUGAACCAGCUCAGUGACGUGUUCGCAGGCGCCGACGUUCAAGCCAUCACCUGCCUGCUUGCCAACAUGGCAAUAGACCGCUCCCUCUCCUGCAGCGUCUCGGAUGCCCGGGACGCCCUGGUGAACGCGGUCGUGGACUCUUUAGAGUCGUAUCGUUCCAACAUCUCCAAUGUGCAGCAAACCAGUGUCAUUGCCCCCGCGUGCCUGCGCCUCUUCCCUCUAUACACACUUGCGCUGCUCAAACAGAAAGCGCUGCGGACGGGGACGAGCACACGGCUGGACGAGCGAGUGUUCGCGAUGUGCGAGUUUAAGUGUCAGCCCUUAAAACAGAUCAUGCGCAUGAUCCACCCUGACCUGUACCGCAUCGAUAACCUCAGCGAACAGGGGGCGCUGCAGCUGAAUGAACGGGUGAUUCCUCAGCCUCCACUGUUGCAGCUGUCAGCUGAGAAGCUCACCAGAGAGGGAGCCUUCCUCCUGGACUGUGGCAGCGUGAUGUACCUGUGGCUGGGGAGGGGCUGUAAUGAGGUGUUCAUUAGAGACGUCCUGGGCUGUUCUGACUACCCAUCCGUACCUGUCAGCAUGACCGAGAUCCCAAUGUUGGAGACGGCAGCUUCCGAAAGAACCAGAGCCUUCGUGUCUUGGCUUCAGGAAUCCAGAGGAUUUUGCGCCGCCUUCUACGUGCUCAAAGACGACGCUUCAGCAAAGAGCAGUUUCUUCCAGCACCUGGUCGAGGACCGUUCCGAAUCGGCGUUCUCCUACUACGAGUUUCUUCUCCAUGUCCAGCAACAGCUGUCCAAAUAGAACCGAGCAUGGUCUCGACAACACCAUGGACCCCAGUCCGGCAGGACGCCGCCCCGGCGCCUCGCCACGACACGAACCCCUCCCACCUCCCACUGGCCAGUCACAGCCCGUGGUGCCUGAAAGUGGGGCGGGGCUAGAGACCAUUGCAGGAAAAAAACAAACAAACAAAGCAGCAAAAUGAACACGUGACCCAGCGCAAAACUGUGUUGACAAGAUAAAAGACGCUCUACCCUUUACACACACUCUGCGAACUUCAGUCUUCAAACUUUUUCCUCCCCUCAAAUGUUUAGCCGCAUUUAUAUCACCCAGCGCCGAGUCUGUAUCCGUGUCUCUUACUUUUAAAUAACUUCCCCCUUCAUCCAUUUAUCAUGUGUGCUCACCGGACCCUGUGAUUUAAGUUCCGUAGCUGUUAAUAACACCGCCGUUUUUCUUUCAUUCGCACAUCUCGUUUCUCUCACUGCCUUUCCUCACAACCCUAACACACACUGCUAGUCUGACCUUCUCAUUCUCUUUGCUGAUAUAUACAUCAGUAUCUCACUCUAUUCCUCCUUUCAUUUGUGUCUCCUUAAUUAUUUUUUUCUAAUCACAAGUGUGGGUGUAGUUUUUAACGCCGAGCACUAGUCGAUCUUUAUCCUGUCUCUAGCAGCAACAGGUGGAGCGAUGGCAUAAUCCAAACACACACACACAAACGCAGUAAUGCAUACCUGUAAGAUGCCUGGAUCUGUGCUGUCUCUGAAGCUGAGAUCAUCCUUCUCACUCUCUCUCUGUUUUCUUGGGGAAUUAUGCGAUAAAGCCUUGCUCUCCACUUUAUAGCUCUGGAGAAAAGAAUAUUUUAUGUGCGAUAAUUUAUGAUGAGCUUAUUGAAUAAAAUGAAAGCCUAUUCCUCCUCG